ACGAAGGUCACUAUGACCUGGGCAUCCAGCAGCAGCAGCAGCAGCAGCUGGAUGGCAGCGGUGACAUCAGCAUGACAUCAGCCAACAACAGCAGCAGCAGUUUGGAGCAAGUGACCGUCCAGCAGCUCAUAGACGUGUACCAGCAGCUGUGCUCAGAGUUCCCCAUUGUGAGCAUAGAGGACCCGUUUGACCAGGAAGACUUUGACGCCACUCAAGCCCUCUCAGAGGCUGGGUUCACCCAGGUGGUGGGCAACGACCUGUUGGUCUCAAAUGCCAAGCGACUGGAGCAAGCCAUUGAGAGACGCACAUGCAGUGGCAUCGCCAUCAAG